UUCAAUUGAAGCUUGGAAACUGAAGAGCACUUUCUUUCUCAUGCAAAAAAUUAGAGGAAACUCUUGGUAGCGCAGCCAGCCACUACCUACGCUACUAAUAAGCAGCCAAGCAGCGGCGUCGGAGUGGGUUUGGCCCAUUAUUUGAAAUCCGCAUAGCUCUGACUACAAAGCUUGAGCCUUGAGCUAUUAUUAGCAUGUGCAACUGCGUCCUCUGGAGCCCUCUCCCCUUUUCCAUCAUCAAACUUGGAAACUCAACCCUCAAUAGCUCACGAAUUCCAGGUACCCAUUUCCCAUUUAUAAAAAAUAAUGGCAGAAUACAGCUUUUUGAAUGCAGUAUGAAGGCAACUCAAUCUCCAAGGUCAGGCUCGGAGGGAGAGAGAUAUGGCCACCUGGAGUUUGAAGACAAAGGGAACAAUGAAUUGGAGCUCCAACGACGUCGCAUCGAUGCUAGCUUGGAGAAAAUUAGUGACGAGGAAUUGAAGGGCGAGAAGGGGAGUGGAAAAAGUGGAGAUGAAUUGGUUAAAAUGGAAAGCAGGAGGAGGCAAGUGAUGAAGAGGUCAAAUAUGGUGGCAAAGCAAGUGAUAAGCAUCCAAUCUGCCCAAAGCUUAGGCUUUGUAUCUCAAUUAUGGGUGGAUACCGCUUCAUGGCUGGUGUUGGUUGUGGAGGUAAGGCCAAGCUUGCUUGCUGGGGAAUCAGAAAGGUUUCUUCUACAAGAUGUCAACAAGGUUGGUGAUGUCGUGCUUGUUGAAGAUGAGAGAGUGACGGAGAAUGAUUUUAAAAUGAUUAGACUUGAGACUCUGGUAGGAUACAGAGUUGUCACACCAAGACGUCGAAACAUUGGGAAGGUGCGGGGCUAUACUUUCAACAUUAAUUCAGGGGCUGUUGAAUCUCUUGAGUUGGAUUCUUUUGGGAUAUCCAUCAUUCCAUCAAGUUUGGUGAGCACUUAUGCUUUGCUUGUUGAGGAUGUGCUGGAAGUCAUAGCAGACACUGUAGUUGUUGAUGAAGCUGCAGCCUCACGCAUACAGAGGCUGACAAAGGGUUUCUUGGAUGCCCAUAAUGCUGGUAUUUCCAUAGAAGAGCACACGGAAUAUGCUGAUGGUGAAGGGGCCAUCAGAUUUGGAGAUGGUGGGAGAACUCGGAGAGGAUUCUGUAGGCAGAAAUCACAUUCAAAAGUGAGGGAAGCAGAAGAUGAUUGGGAACAUCCAAUGGAUUACUUGUGAAGUGGUUUAGGUCUCUAUGCUUGAUCUUUUUCUCCCUUUCCUUCUAUGUAGAUAUAUUAAAUAAAUUGGUAGUUAUCCUUACAGCAUUAAUCCGCUCAUACCUCCCUCCUCCCUCCCCCCACCCCUCCAACUUUAUUUUUCUUUCUUCAAAUUUUACAUAAUCAAAAGGUGUAUAUUAUGUGAAUGAAAGUAACUAAAAUUUGAAGCCACUCGUUUUGUGGUAAUUGUAAUGCUCUGUAUUCAACUUUCUUAAGGCUAACACAGACAAGGAAAGAGUGAUAUUGUAUUCUUGGAGUGAUUUUGCACUAUUUGUCCCAUUACUGGCUUGCAGUUGCAGAAUGGAAUGGAACACCCGAAAACCAGGGAUAGUUAUAUGAUAUAACAAAAUAUGUUCCAAUUUUAUGAAAUAUUGUAUUCUGGGAGUCGCUUAAG